GCUUAGUUAUUAUUAUCUAUCUUUCUAUCCUGGUGAAACUCAAACUCCCUUAUCUCACCUCACCUGUAGAAUAAUUGAAUAGAUCUUCAACUCCAUUGCUUCAUUACUUCAUUACUUCAACCUCUACUCAAAUUUUCAAAACCCUAGCUAAUAAACUACCAAAUUUCGAGUAAUAAUAACUAAAGGAGAAGAAUAUUUUUUAGUUUUAUUUCAUUUUUUUCCUAUUUUUUUAGGGAGGGAAACUGGAGAGCGACAUGGAAUUCGACGAGCAAGAGGAGCAUGAGGAGGAGGAGGAAAUGGGGAUACCGGAGCCGGCGGUGGCGGUGGCGGCGCCGCAGACUUUUGACUCGCGGUCGAAAAUCGGCGGCGGCGAGGCGCGGAAGAGCGCGUUCGGCGUGGCGGCGGUGCGGUACCGAGAAUGCCAGAAGAACCACGCCGUCAGCUUCGGCGGCCACGCCGUUGACGGCUGCUGCGAGUUCAUGGCCGCCGGAGACGACGGCAUGCUGGAAGGCGUCAUCUGCGCCGCAUGCAACUGCCACCGGAAUUUCCACCGCAAGGAGAUCGACGGCGAGAUGUCCUCCUUCCACCACCGCGCGCAACCUCCACCGCCGCCGUUGCACCACCACCACCAAUUCUCCCCGUACUACCACCACCGCGUCCCGCAGCACCCCACCGCCGCCGGCUACAUCCACCACCACCUCACACCUCCGAUGUCGCAGCACCGCCCGCUCGCCCUCCCGGCCGCCGCAUCCGGCGGCGGCCUCAGCCGCGAAGAAGAAGACAUGUCAAACCCUAGCAGCAGCGGCGGCGGAGGUGGCGGUGGCGGCGGUGGAUCCAAAAAACGGUUCCGAACUAAGUUCACGCAAGAACAAAAAGAUAAGAUGCUCGCAUUCGCAGAACAACUAGGGUGGAGAAUCCAGAAACACGAUGAAUCUGCUGUGGAACAGUUCUGUGCUGAGAUCAAUGUGAAGCGAAACGUUCUCAAAGUUUGGAUGCACAAUAACAAGAGCACUCUCGGCUGAGAAAUUCAUAAAUAUUUAAAGAGAGAUUGAAGAUCUUAAGUGAGUGAAUGACAGUGAUUUGUUAGUGAAGUUCUGGGUAGUGGUUGAAGCAAGAUCAGAUGGAAGGAUGUACCUAGUCUGCGAUUAUUAAUUGUUCGGAGAGUUUAAGUUAAUUUCUUCUUCUCUUUUUCCAUGUUGGGUUGCUGUUGUUUGGCAUUUUUGUCUGUAGAGGAAAUAAGAAAACAAAAAAGAAAAGGAAAAGGUGAAAAAAAUAGUGAGUGAGGGUUGUGAUUCAAUCCAAAUCCCAUUCUCGUAUAAGUGUUGGUUAGUGCGGUGUGAAAAGCGAGAAAGAAUGGGAGUGGGUGGGUAUUCACACGGCAAAAUCGUACAGUGUUUGCCUGUCGGGUCAUGCACAGAUUACAGUCUUGCAGAACAGAAGUGCAGAACCCCCUUUUAAGAUUAUCAUUUCUUCGUUACCUCUAAUGCCAUCUUUAAUCCCCAUAGUAAAAUAUCAUUGGGAUCAAAUAUUUUUUUAUGUCUCUUUUCAC